AUGCUAGAGGUGGGAGCGAUGCUAGAGGUGGGAGCGAUGCUAGAGGUGGGAGCGAUGCUAGAGGUGGGAGCGAUGCUCGAGGUGGGAGCGAUGCUAGAGGUGGGAGCGAUGCUAGAGGUGGGAGCGAUGCUAGAGGUGGGAGCGAUGCUAGAGGUGGGAGCGAUGCUAGAGGUGGGAGCGAUGCUAGAGGUGGGAGCGAUGCUAGAGGUGGGAGCGAUGCUAGAGGUGGGAGCGAUGCUAGAGGUGGGAGCGAUGCUAGAGGUGGGAGCGAUGCUAGAGGUGGGAGCGAUGCUAGAGGUGGGAGCGAUGCUAGAGGUGGGAGCGAUGCUAGAGGUGGGAGCGAUGCUAGAGGUGGGAGCGAUGCUAGAGGUGGGAGCGAUGCUAGAGGUGGGAGCGAUGCUAGAGGUGGGAGCGAUGCUAGAGGUGGGAGCGAUGCUAGAGGUGGGAGCGAUGCUAGAGGUGGGAGCGAUGCUAGAGGUGGGAGCGAUGCUCGAGGUGGGAGCGAUGCUAGAGGUGGGAGCGAUGCUAGAGGUGGGAGCGAUGCUAGAGGUGGGAGCGAUGCUAGAGGUGGGAGCGAUGCUAGAGGUGGGAGCGAUGCUAGAGGUGGGAGCGAUGCUAGAGGUGGGAGCGAUGCUAGAGGUGGGAGCGAUGCUCGAGGUGGGAGCGAUGCUAGAGGUGGGAGCGAUGCUCGAGGUGGGAGCGAUGCUAGAGGCCGUGGGCAAUGCGGAGAGGCCGCAGGCACGGGGCAGGGACACAGAAAGGACACGGAAGUGA